UCAAAAUGGAGAAUUUUGCAGUAAACGAAUUGCAAAGUUACGAACUGCAGAUGAUCAGUUGAACCUUGGGAACUUUAAUAGUAGUACCGAGAAUCACUUCAUUUUUUUUUCAACAUUUUAAAACAAAUUUAAGUGCUGUAAUAGUCUUUUAAGAGAAGAAAUAUAUGUCAGACAAGGAUAGACUCUCCUCAUCGGAGAGUGAAAUAGAAAAUAAAGAUUGGUCGGAUGAUGAUGAAGAUUUAAUUUCAUUUAAACUGGCACCCAUAAGCUACCAAUCACUUGUUGGUCAUUGUGAUGAAGUUAAUACGUGUAGUUUUUCACCCGACUGGAGUCUUUUAGUGACAGGAGCUGACGAUUGUCUUGUGAAAGUAUGGAAUACAAAAACGGGAGAACCUCUCUAUACUUUAGUCACUCACAAAGGUCCAGUUUACUGCAGUUGUUUCGCUGCCAAUGGCGAACUAUUCGCCACAGGUUCAUACGAUCACAGUGCAAUAAUUUGGGGAGUUUCAACUGGUGAACAUGAACAUCAAUUGUACGGUCAUACUCAUAGCGUAGUUGCCUGUAUGUUUUCUGCUGACAGUAAUUGGCUUUGUACUGGAUCUUGGGACUGUCUUGCCAUUAUUUGGUCUGUUAAGACAGGAGAAGCAAUUUACAAAUGUUCUGGUCACUGCAGCUCAGUUCAAUGUGUCACAUUCUCAAGCAACUCCAAGUAUAUGGCAUCUGGAUCGUGGGAUUGUAGUGUACGCUUAUGGACAAUAGACACUUUACCUUUGUGCUCUUCUAUGGUUGAAGGUCUUCCUCAAUGUCAUGUGCUUCAUGGCCAUAAAAGCAAUGUAAAAGCAGUCUCUAUAUCUUGCAAUGAAAUUUUGGCCUCUGCUUCCUGGGACUUGACUAUCAUUUUAUGGAAUUUAAGCACAAGAAAUAAGCUUGCAAUCCUUGUUGGUCACACUGGCUGGAUACAGACCUGUACAUUUUCACAUAAUGGUGAUUUACUUGUAACUGCAGCUGACGACCAUACGGUACGCAUAUGGAAUGUUGAUGAUGGAAGUUGUGUCCAAGAACUUGAGUGUGACACUGAUGAAAUCCAUACAUGCUGUUUUAAACCUAAUGGGACAAUACUUGCUUCUGGUCCAGUCAUGUCUGAAAAAGACAAAGAGAUAUAUGUUUACUAAACAUUGGCAAUCCUGGGUUAUGGAAUGUCAUCGCGCGAAGCAAUUCUUCUCCAAGAAGUGCUGUGUAAAAUAUGCUAAUAAUUUACGGUGUUUGAUCGAUUGAAGAAGCAAACGAUAAGACGCUGACAUCUUUGUCCAUUGAACUCUCGUUUAAAGAUUGGGAGAGGUUGGCUCAUCUUGUUUCUCAAAAGACGGAAUGAUCUUCUGCAGAAAGGACUAUUUAAGCUCCUUCGCACUCCAGUUUAAUGUCACUCGAUGUUGAUGGUGACGGUUGAUGAAAGUUGGUGGUGGAAUUGGAUAGUAAAAUGACAA